ACAGCUUCCACAGGACUUCCCUACACUUUCAUCGUCCCGCUUUACCCCAGCUGGAGUUGUAACCGAAGGCAAUACGGACUGAUAGAUUGAGACCAUCUUGGAUUAACAUUCAGUCUGCAAUGUUUAAAAUCACUUUGAAGCUUCCAGAUUCCAGGAGUUUCCUGAAACAAAGGCAGACCUUAAUCUGAAACAGGGUUUGUUCCUGUACUCUGACUAAGAGAGGCACCCCUACAAAAUUCUAAACUUGUGCUCCUCAAGAUGAGCAUAACUUUGUAAUGUAUUACUGCUUGGAGUCAAGCAUAAGUGGUAUGCUGAAAAUGCGGAGCCUGUUGAUGCUGUUAUUUCUGUUCGCCCUGGGGAGCAGCGAUCUUGCAAUAACUGCAGGUCAAAAAGACGAGCCCUGGGAAGAGGUGCCUAAUUUACAGCCCACUGGGAAGCGUGGAACAGCCAGCAAGGAACGUGUGUCAGAUGAUGAAGCACAGGAGAGCACCUCCUCAAGGCCACCAAAUCCUCAUGCCACAAGAGUCAUGGAUUUUUUGGCUAACUUUACUGGUAAAAAUCGCCUUUGGGUCAUCACAGCUCCUUCCUCCGCUGACCACUAUUUCAGGAUGAUGGAAAAGCAAAUAGAAGAAACGACGGGGCUGAACUGCCGCCUGGUAGAGAGGGACACCUUCAUUGUAAUCAUCAUUCAAGAUGCCAUGAUGGAAGGCAAGAUCAGAAGAACCACCUAUCAAGGGGAGGUCAUAGAAGAGGCGAUUGAUUCAGAUACAGUCUCUGAACUGCUGCGCUAUUUGUCAUUGCAGGAUGGAACAUUUGGCAUGCUAGUCUUAAAGAAGAACUUAAAGGUUGGAGAGCGCUUCCCUUACCCUGUUAGAAUCGAAGCUGUCUUGGAAGCCAUCGACCAACUGCCUUUACGGAAAGUAGAAAAGCUGACAAGGAGAGGAGCCUUCAAAAGAUGCAGAGUUCCUAAGAGGCCAGUGGCAAGGAAACAAGGCCCAAUCACAAGAAAGGUGAGAGUCUCCAGUCCUCUGAGACAAGCUAACUCUACUUCUGUGACCUUCACACAGAGGAGGCUGGGAGACAAGAAAGAUGUCUUGAAGAACAAGGUGCAGGACAUAUUGAGAGGAAAAUCUAGAUUUGUGAUUCGUCAGAGUUCCAAAGAUGCAUUGCCUCAGCGCACUAUAUCUGCGCAACCAAAAAUGAACAGAAAUCACUCCAGGUCUGAGAACACUGCAGAAAUAAGCCAGAUAUCACCUGGAUCUCAAAACAAUGGCAAAGGAUUACACCAUAACAGAAAGCUGGGUGAAAAGUGGCUCUUGCAGGGCACAAGGACAGACCCUGUUCUUCCCCUACAGCAGCCAGGAUUAACAGAAUCAGCGAACACAGACAGCACCCUUGUUCCUUCAGAGAAUGAGAAGAACGAGGGCUCACAAGCUGUUCCCUCCUCAGUUAGUUCUGGUGAAGUUCUGGAAAAAGCAUCAGCUAACCAAGCUGGGAAAAGCACCACAACUCGCGAACGAGAAAAGAGUGAAUAUGACUUCUCUUCCAGAGAGGACAAAAACACGACCGAUCCCAGCAGGGACAAAACUGCUGAAAGUGCUCCAGCAAGGUCAGGAAAAGGUAGGAAGGGAGACUCCAAGAAAAAAGACAAAGGGAAAGGCAAGAAGGGUAAAAAAAAAGGACGCAAAGGCAGGAAGAAAACCCGGAGGGCUACGGACAGCAAGGCAGAUCUGAGUUUUUUGGAGAGUUUCAAGAAUAAGAGGAGACUUCUGAUCAUUGCUACUCCAAGUGAAGACAAUCCACUUUACAUCCAACAAAGAGAUGAAAGUGUAAAAUACAGCUGUGAGCUAGCAGCAAGGAAGAUCUCUGUUGUAACAGUUCUGGGCUCUGAGCACAAUGGCUCUGUACAGCUACAGCAUCAUCUAGCAGAUGCUGAUCUUUCACCUGACUCACCUCCAGAGGAAUCUAGUGAUCUGAUCGCUCAGCUUCACAAGGAGUAUCGAAUAGUUUAUAACACCUUCUUCAUGACAGUGACGGACUAUGAUUUGGAACCAAAGCAAUUCUUCAACACGCCCGUUUCCAUACCACUGAUGAUGGACUAUAUCGACACGUUUCCCUCAAGGCAGGCUGAGGCUGAGGAGGAAACAAGGCAUUCUGUCUCCUGCAAGGAACGAGAGAAUCAAAGCAAAGCUGAGACAUUCCUGUCAAGAUUUGCUGCUGAAAGACGGCUGUUGAUUGUUUCCUCCCCAACAGAAGAAGAUGAAACUUUUCAGCAGCAAAAGGCAUCCCUGCAUGGGCAGGCUUGCUUUCUGGGGUUCCAUCAUUUUGCACUGCUGAUACUAACAGGUGAUGGUUCUUGGGCUGCUGGUUCUCUGCAGUUGUUUCCUCUCGAUGGGACGGGUCAGUUGAGAGAGGAGGGACUUUCCCCGGAUAUAGUGAAUGGCAUCAGGGAACACUUCAAGAUCAGCAGGGACUAUUUCACCGUGCUGGUGAUUGGAAAGGGCGGCGCCAUCAAGUCUCGAUACUCCACUCCACUGUGGUCCACAGCCAUCCUCGACAGCCUGCUUUAUUCCGUGGAGCUCCAACCAGAAGAAGAGAAGCUGAAGGAGACUCUUGGCAUAAGCUGCCCAGAGAACCCAAGCAGCUUUUAGGUUCAUGAAGAAACCACCCUAGAACCUUGGGGACUAAGACUGCUGAUGAUGUCUGUUUUAUCAAAGGAUGUUUUUCGUCCUCUUAAGAUGUUGUGUAUUCAUGCUGCUAAUUCCCAUCAAUGUCUCUCUAUUCUUUUGAGAAAACACUGCAUGCUACCGUGACCAGCUUUACAUUUCACAAAUAACCACAAGAAGAAGGAAAAAAAGACCAUUUUAACAGGCCAUUUUGGUGAUUCACUAAGCAAAUUGAUGGUGACAACAUGCGUGCGUGUAAUUUCCGAAAGGGCACUUAUUGAGACGAGGAGUAACAGAGAGGUGGCGCUGGUCGUUGUGCUGUACUGUAUAUGCAUGUCUCAGUAGAAGCUCCUUUAAUUUCAGUUUUGUUUUAAACAAUUAAAUCUUCUAAAUUUCUUUCAAGUAUUCUCAUACAGAUGUAAAAAAUAAUAAAGCACUGGUUGCAUGUAACAGCACUGUUGAUCAUAUUCGGUAAGAAACUGUCCAUUUUAAUAAAUUGCUAUAUUUCAAUAAUGUUUAGGUCCUGCAAAUGAGCAUUUAUGAAUACUUAAAGAGCAACAUAAGCUACAUUAUAAGUCGCAAAAUGUUACUGAUGUAUUAAAACUGAAAGGUUUCAGAACCAGUGGGUCAAUUUAAAGUCAAUAUUUAAUUUUUUAAGAGAAAAUGUGUUUUUUAUUGAAGGAAAAAUGUAUUUCUACACCAUAUUGAGAGAAGCGGUUUCUCCUAUGCACCAGCAGGUGUAACUAAGGCUCCACCAGACCUAUAGCUGACAAAAACUGCCUUAAGAGAAAGCAAAUGACACAAAUUGCAAUUGCCAAAGACUGUUUUGCACAGAUGAGGCUGUAGUUUCUUAAUGUAAUAUAUUGUAUACAAUCAUCUGUAUUAUUACCUUGAGAAUACUGUAUUUUGUAUUCAUCCAGAGACGGUAUUUAACACAGAAGUGAAUAUUGGUACAGAGCUUGCAAUGCAAAUUGAGUUAAAAAAAAUUCCAUUGUGGUUAAUGGCGAAAUCUAGACGUUAGAGUCAAACUCCAGGAACACCAUAAAUCCCUUUAGCCCUACAAAAGAAAGACACAAAACCUACCACAUUUAACAUACCUCGGUUCUUUGGUGGCCAACCUUAAUAUUCUAUUUCGGUAUAAUGUAGUUACAGCUCGUCCUCGCUUAAGAUUCUGAACAAUAAAUAAUUAACAUAAAUAAAUAAAAUGAACAGAA